GCAUUCUCAAGCGCGGAGCCUGCACGUCGACGGCUGCAUUCUCAAGCGCGGAGCCUGCACACCGGCGUCUAGCUUGACCCACACACACCCCACCUUCCUAGCUUCUCCUGCCCCGCUUCAUCUACCUCGCUGCUCAGCUGCACUGGCCUGCCCCGCGACGCCGGAGAACGCCGGCGGUUGCCUCUCUUGCCCCCGCACGCCGCACCAGCCUAAGCUCUGCCGGCUGACUGAGCCUCUCCUUCCUCUUCUGUCUCGUCAGGCAAGCCUUCCCUCCUCCUCGGCAUCACCCGCAAACCUAGCUACUUGCCGCCGCCGAGGAGGAGAUGGCGCCACUCGCACCCAAGCGCCGCAAGGCAGCACCUUCCCCUUCCCCUCCCCUUUCGGAGGCUUCUUCCGACUCCGGCAGCGACUCCGACCUCAACCUCCACGACAACUCCGACCCAGAGGACGGCUUCUUCUCCGCAAGGAGGGCUGCCGAUGACGGCGACCAAGAUUUCUCUGCCAGCGACGAGGAGAUCGACCAUGAGGAGGAGAGCGACAAUGAAGAGGAGAAUGAUGGUGAGAUGGGGGAGCUCGAGGAGGAGUAUCGCACCCUCCAGGCCAACCAACAAAGCAUUCUUCAGACCUUGAAACAGCAUAGGGAUGAUGAUGUCUCGAGAGGCCAGGCAGUCAAAAACCAAAAGGCGCUAUGGGAUAAGACCCUGGAAAUGAGAUUCUUGCUGCAAAAGGCAUUUACCACUUCAAACAAGCUUCCCAAGGAUCCCACCAAGUCAAGGUUCUGCAGUCACGAUCAGGAGAUCGAGCAAGCAUAUGUUGAUCUGUUGGACUCAUCGAAACAGACUCUUGGCUCCAUGCUUGAGCUGCAGGAGGCUUUACUAGAGCGGAACCAGGCCGCAAAGGGUGUGAAAGUGACAGAUGCUUUGCCUAAUUCAACUGGAGAGGAUGACGAGUGGUUGCAAAUGCAGAAAGUGCAGAUAAGAAUGACCCUGUUCAGAAAUACUGAGAUAGAUAAAUGGCAGAGGAAAACACAGGUCACAACUGGCGCUGCUGCACUGAAAGGAAAGUUGCACGCAUUUAAUCAGAACAUAAGUGACCAAGUUGCUGGUUAUAUGAGGGACCCAAGCAGGAUGAUUAACAGGAUGUACCUGCGGAAAUCUGAUGUUGGUGUAUUUGGGGAGAGUGCAGCACAGCCUGCUACUGCUGUGGAGGGCAAAGACGUGGAAGGUGAUCCUGAACUCAUCGAUGAUUCUGAAUUUUAUCAUCAACUUCUCAAGGAGUUUCUCGAGUCAUGUGAUACGGGGGCAUCUGAAUCCGCAUUUUACGCUCUGAGGAAGAAGCAGCACAAGAAGAGAAAACUUGUUGACCGCCGUGCUUCAAAGAGUAGAAAGAUAAGGUACAGUGUCCACGAGAAGAUUGCUAAUUUCAUGGCCCCAGUACCGAUGACAGUUCCUCCGAUGGCUUCAAAAUUGUUUGAGAAUUUAUUUGGAAUGGGCAACCAAAAGGCCCCUGCUCUCUGAUUUAAGAAACAAUUCAAAAUUUUGACAUCAGAAGAAGAUUUAGCCAUUCCUUCUUACAUACGUAGUUUUAAACUGUAAUAUGUGAUGGCCUUACUGCUAGAAGAGCAGUGAAGCAAAAUUGUUGUAUCGUUGGGCCCAGGAAGCGCAUUUCUGUUUCUUUGUGAUGGACGGUAUAAUUCAAAUCCCAUGGGAGUGAUAUAGAUCGGUGCUGUUGAAACUGGA